AAGCUGUUGAUUUCGUUGUGUAAGGGGACACUUUAACUCAUGUUUUCAAUCCACAGUCGAUUCGUACCGGGAAGUUCAACCACUUGAUUGUUUCACCAGAGCAAUUAUUCAUUUUCAAUGGCCAUCUCCCACGUCUCGCACGACUCAUACGUCAAGAUGGAUCAUUCAUCAAAAAGAAUUAAACGUGUUCAUGUGGACGAAGCACACAAUAUCUAUACAGCAGGACUUCCACAUCAUGGUGAGGAGGCUAUUCGGCCAGCAUACGGCAAGCUUGGGGAGCUUCGUGUGCUACUCAGCAAGGGGACGACAUUUCAGGCACUUUCAGCAACACUACCACCUCAUAUUCUCUCUGCUGUCAAACACGAGCUACUUAUUCCAUCCGACAAUCUUUCAUUGACUCUGUCGACCAAUCGGCCCAAUAUAACUUAUGCCGUUACGCCUCUGAUUGGUGGCCCUCGUAAUUUUCAUAACUUCGAUUGUCUCAUCCCGCUCAACUAUGCAAUACCUAUGAUCAUCCCAAAAACUCUGAUUUUCCACGAUAACGAGUUUGAAGCAGUCAAUGCGGCAGCCUAUAGCAACUCUCGUCUGCCGAAAGCAUUACAGAAUCACGGCGUCGUCAAGCAUUAUCAUAGUAACAUGUCCCCGGAGUACCUCCAACAAACAUACGAGGACUUUGCAUCGGAUAAUGGAAGCUGUCGUAUUCUGCAUGCGACAGCAGCAUCAACAGACCUCAACAUCCGUUGUGUAUCGGUUGUAAUUCAAUAUGGAGUUCCUCGCGACAUGUCGGAGGCAGCGCAACGCAGAGGUCGCGCUGCUUGGGACGAUGGCAUCUUUGGACUGUUUUUAAUGAUGGUCGAACCAUGGGCACUCGAGCUCGAGCUCGAGCUGACUGACAAACAUGAUGAUGAUAAUGACCCCGACAAGCCUUACGCAGGAGUCAUAAAGAAAAACUCGUCAAAACAAGAUCGCACUGGCUGUGCAGUGCUUUGCUACAUCCAGUCAAAGAUGUGCCUCAGGGAGUUUUAUGCAAAAUACCUACGUGAUGAAACUCCUGCUGGUGACAUCGAACAACCACAUCCACUAUUUGACUUCACUGAUGCUUUCCCAUUAGCUCUCCACUACAUAUCGCAAUACUGUUGUGACCGACACAGUCCCAAACAUGACUUUAACCUGUCUCAAUUCUUUCUCGGUCCAAUGUACACUGGAGACAUUGUUGCCACCACCAGCCAGCCAAUGAAGCAUCGCCGAAAUCAGUUAAGAGACAAGAACGAACGCGACCUUCUACACGAGAGGCUUUCUGACUGGCGUGCUCAAGAACAUGCGGUGGAUCCCCUUCGAUCUGUUUGGCCAAUCACAUGGAUUUGUGACGACAAUGACUUGGAGCUUCUUAGCAAGACUCAUCCCAACAAUCUGAGGUCAGCGAGAGACAUAAUCAACAUUCCUCAUGAGACGGAGGAGUGGGGAGAAACCUAUGGUCAAAGGUUGUUCGAAGCGAUCAAUCAAUUCACGAGUGAAAGACAGCAGGCUCGGAAUCUGGAGUCGGUAGCAAAAAGGGCUUGUAUCAGUAGACUGGAUGACAAGCAAGCAUAGAAUGCGACUACUAUUCCUCAGCCACAUUGCUUAGUAGAUCCAAUGACAGUCUUGGAAUUUGAUCCUC